AUGAAGUGCCCAACAACACUUAUCAUUGACUUAUCAACAUUACUUGUGUUGCGAGUGGGCCAACAACCACCACCACCACCACCACCACCACCACCACAACAACAACAACAACAACACCAGGGACGAAGUUUAUUUACAAGUUUUCCGCAGCUUUUUUUUGUUACUUCCCCCCCCCCUUCCCCCGCCCCGCGCAUGCCCUCGCGCGCGUCCUUGUCCUUCAUUCCCUCCUCCCGCGCCCUUCCGGCCGCGCCUCCUGAGCCGACGCGGCGUCAGCGCUCCAUCUUCCGCUCGGAGCGCCGCAUCUGGCGGAAGUUUCUGCGCGCCUGCUUCCCGCGCUCGCUCUGCGCGCUGCAACCGCCGCCUCCGCCGCCUCCACCACUGCUGCUGCGCGCGUUCGCCGGCGAAGGCCGCUGCAGCGCGGGCGCAGAGCAGGCGGCGACGACUACGUGCGACCGCGAAGCGCCGCCGCCUCCGCCCGCGAAAUGCCCGUUGGCUCCGCCCGCCAGGCGCACACUAUCGGUCGCGACUCGUGAGAUAACUGCCCCGCCCCGGCGCGUCCCGUCCCGUCCCGCUUCGCCCGGCUGUUGGCGGCGGGCAGUGGUGGAAGAAACUGAUGUGUUCAAGGCAGUAAUGAUUGGAAUGGGAUUGAUGAGCUUGGAAGUUGGUGGUGAUGGCGAUUUUGCAGGACUUACACGGGAUAGAUUCGGUGGCGGCGGCGGCGGCGUCAGUCAAGAGCAUGGGGGCCGUGCAAGGAGCAAGGCAGCAAGCAGCCUCGUGACGCGCGCGCGCGAGCGCUCGCUGGGCGGCGGCGGCGGUGGCGGCGGCGGAGGCCAGCCGCGCGGCGCGCUUGAAAGGUGCGGGCGGCCUCCGUGUCUCGCCAGUUCGCGCUCGGCUCUCGCGCCGCCUGCCACGCCUCCCCGCCGCCGACGCCGACGCCGCCACCGCGCCGCGGUGCACCACCGCCGCCACCCCCCGAGACGACACCGCCGCCGCCGCCGCAGACACGCCGUCGCCCUCAUGCCGCCCGGCAGCGAGACCGCGGUGGAUGAGAGCCCCGCCUGGCUGUCCAAUGACUUCCUGGCGGAGGUGCUGCGCCCCGAGGGCGGGGCCGGCGUGGGCGUGGGGCCGCACGACGUGAGCGUGCUCUCGUGGCACGUGCAGCCGGCCGUGGGCAAGGGCGACAACUUCCUCAGCACGCUGUACCGCGUGCGCGUCGAGUACCGGCAGGCGGCCGACGCGCCCGACUCGGCGCCCCGCGCCGUGCAGCUCAUCAUCAAGGUGCUGCCGCAGGGCGACUACCUGCAGGAGUUCAUCCACGAGGCGCGCUUCUUCGCGCGCGAGAUCAACGCGUACCGCGAGGCGCUGCCGCAGAUGGCGCGCUUCGCCGCGGCGCGCCUGCCCGGCGGCGGCGGCCCGCCCUUCUCGCCGCGCUGCUUCCCCACCGCGCGCCCCGACACGCUCGUGCUCGAGGACCUCGGCACGCACGGCUUCAAGAUGGCCGACCGACGCAACCUGCUCGACCUGCCGCACUGCAGCCUGGUGCUGCGCCGUCUCGCGCGCCUCCACGCCACCUCCUUCGCCUACUCGGCGCACGACCGCGCCUUCCUCGCGCGCUUCGAGGACGACAUCUACAACGACGGCAACCGAGAGAUCAUGCGGCGGUUCCUGGAACCGCAGAUGGAGUGCCUGGUGGAGGUCGCCAACACGUGGCCCAACUUCGAACGCAUCGCCAAGAAGAUCCGCAAGACCAUCCCCAGGGCCGUGGACAAGCUCAUUUCCGUGUGUCGAAAGCAGGACUCCGACUGGAAGGUGCUCAACCACGGCGACUGCUGGAUCAACAACAUCAUGUUCAAGUACUCGGAGAAGACCGGCGAAGUGGCGGACCUGCGGUUCAUCGACUUCCAGAUCACCCGCUUCGCCUCUCCCGCCCUCGACAUCACCUACUUCAUGUACACCAGCCCGCAGAGCGACGUGCGCGCGAGGCAUAUGGACAGGUUGCUCAUGGAGUACUGCGACGAGUUUCGAAAGACUGUGCGCUCGCUGGGGUACACGGGCCGGGUGUUUUCGCUGAAGGAGCUCCGCGACGAGAUGAGGCGGGUGCUGUUUUUCGGCUUCACCACGUCGGUGGGGACGCUCGCCACGGUGCUCGCGGAGCCCGACCAGGUGAUGGAUCUCUCAGAGAUGACUGCCGAGGGCCUCAGCAGCAACGUGGGUGUCAACCCGUUCACCAAACUGCAGUCCACGGCCAAGUUCAGGGACGUGUUCCAGCAACUACUGCCGUAUUUUGACCAGAUGGAGAUAUUCGACUGAUCGUCGGUCGGUUAAAUGUGUCGAAAUAUGUGCUUCCAAAGUAGGACGCUUUUAUGCAUGAAUGGACGAGAAACUUGAUAGUGCCAGAAAAAGACGGAUGAAUGUGUUUGAAAUGAAUGAAAGUACUUUUUUAAGAAAUUUAAGAACUGUACUGUGGUUACCCAGAGCAUUCUCUCUCACAAUGAUCGUAAAUCUCAUGCCAUUUCAUCGCCAUAAAAAUAUAUCAAACAAUGAAACAGAAGUAGGAUGGAAGUAUGAACGUCGUAAACACUUUCACUCCGUAAUUUUGGGUCGUAUAUUGAACUAAAUAUUAUUACAGGUAAUGUGACAAAUGUAACAAUUAAUUUUAUAUCUAGAAAGGGUGAAAUUGGAAGUGCCAUGUUCAUUUUUUACACGAUCGUCAAGCGCUUCUAACAUUUGUGAUUUUUCU